AUGGGCGGAGACAACGUCCAUUAUAAGAUUGCUACCAUUGUGGUAAACUAUGACAGCGCUCCCCACGCCACUACGGCGUGCUUGGACACUGCCUGCGACACUACGGUCGUCUCGGAGGACUACCUCAAAGAGUUUGUACCGCGUGCGGAAAUUGAGCAUAUUCCACCCCUCUCCGUGCGGGGAGUAGGUGGUAUGGUCACCACGGUGCGUCGAGCCACUUUCGUCGCAUGGGCAGAGGACGGCACUGCUGACCCAGGGGCCGUGGGGAUCCCCAUACUGGCAUAUGUCCUCACUAAGGUGCCCGGUCAUUUGCUGAUUGGCAUGGACAUUAUGGGACCAUUAGGUAUUAAAAUCGAUGCAGAAAGCCAUGAAGUUAGUUUUAGUGAUGCAAGAGAUCAGCCCAUCCCACUACAGAUUACUACCAAACCACACUAUUUCAAAAAUCGGUCGAUCCGUACUACUCAACAGACCGUGGUGCCUUCCCACUCAGCCGCUACACUCCCCGUGGCGGUAAAAGGCAAAACACCCUACGCUUUGCGACGGGACUGCCUGUUCGAGCCAUCCAGCACUGCCUGCAUUUCAGUGUACGCCGCUCUGGCUAGGCCUGACAUGAACCUGGCACUGGUGGUCAAUGAGACAGAUAAGCCCAUUGUGGUCCCCUCCAGACAUAGAUUGGGUACCCUCUCAGACAUGGAACCACACUAUAUGAAAGAGGCAGAACCACAAGCAGCCUGUCUAGCUCUCAUGCGCCCUACCGCACAGGACAGAGGCUUCUCGGUCUACACCGAAGAAACUGGUCCCGACGGUGCGCGCGGAGUAAAUGCCACAGAUGACCACGCUUCGUGCCCGCCAAAGGAGCUUGUUGACACGACGCGCACGCUCCACAACGGUAUCACCAUUGCCGGGGAUGACGAGAAAGCGCGCGCGCUGCAGGAGCUAGUUUCUCGCUACAAAGCGUUGUGGGAAGACAACGGAUCGACAGUCGAUAUCCCCCACUACCGGUGGAUGCAGAUACCGUUGAAACCCGGUGCUGAAUUCCCCAAGAGAGCCAAAGUCUAUACCCAGGGCCAAGAUGGGAGGGAGGUAAUUGACAAGACCUUUGAUACCCUCCAUGAUCAGAAAAGAAUGUCCUGGGCUGAGACCCAUACUCCCUCGGCCUACCCGGUGUUUGUGGUGUGGAAGUGGGUGGAAGGAAAGCGUGGUGAACCACCUGUCCGCAAGGGACGCGUCGUGGUGGACAUUCGAAAUCUCAAUGCCAUCGCUGAACCAGACAUCUACCCGGUGCAGCAACAGGAUGACCUGCUCAGACGGAUUGGUGGAAAGAAGUAUUUUACCGUGGUGGAUGCAGCUUCUUUCUUCUACCAAUGGCCUGUAGCAUACCGUCACAGGAACCGCCUAGCAGUGGUCACCCACCGGGGCCAGGAGGUGUUUAACGUCGCGCCAAUGGGAUACAUCAAUAGCAUAGCGUACGUGGCGCGCCAGAUGGCCAUUACGCUGCGUGGUUGUGAAGAUUACUCGUGUGUCUAUGUGGACGAUAUUGUCAUCUACUCUGACUCUUUUACAGACCACCUUAGUCAUCUCAGUACUGUCUUCUCACGCCUUAAUGCAAUCAACAUCACCCUCAGUCCCAGCAAGACCUACAUUGGUUUCACCAAUGUCAAGCUCCUUGGACAAAAGGUGUCCUCCCUAGGUAUGACCACCACUGCAGACAGAGCAAAGGCCUUGGUCCAAUUGAGUUUCCCCAAGACCCUCAAGGAGCUGGAGCACUACAUUGGCCUCACUGGCUGGUUAAGAAAUUUCAUUCCCUACUACGCUGCUAAAAUACAACCCUUGCAAGACCUGAAGACGGCUUUAUUAGCCCGGUCUCCGUCAGACAAAGGGGAGAAACGACGUGCCUACACGAAGCGUACGGAAAUUGGCGAUCCUACGCCCGCGGAGCGUGCGGCGUAUGACGCCAUUCAAGCAUGUUUUGUGGGUGGGCUGUUUCUUCGGCAUCAGGACGCUUCUAAGGUCCUUUUCAUGGACAUUGAUGCCUCCAAAGACUAUGGCUUUGGGGCCAUGAUAUUCCAUGUAAAGGACUCAUGGCCAGGGCUGGUGGAACAGAACUUCAAAAGGUCACCUACCAGAGAUGUUGUGGAACCCAUAGCUUUCUACAGCAGAUCCCUGAGUGCAGCUGAGAAAAAGUUCUUCCCCACAGAGUUGGAAAUCGCCUGUCUCGUCUGGGUGUUGCGAAAGGCGCGACACAUGGUCGACGCUGCGUGCAGAACAGUUGUGUACACUGACCACGCUUCGAACGUGGACAUUGCCAAACAGGCCACGAACAGCACUCCUGCUGGUGGAACCAAUCUCAGGUUAGUCAACGCCGCCAUCACCAUCCAGUCCUUUAGGAAUCUGGAGGUCUUCCACAUCCCUGGAAAAAUCAAUAUAGUCCCAGAUGCUCUGAGUAGACUGCCUCAACCUGAAUGGCAUGACGGUAUUCCCUCCAGUGAUGAACCUAUGGCUACAGUCCAAGUUACCACGCGCAGUCACCGUCAGCAGUCGCUCACGCCGGUGCCACACAUCGUGGUGACGCCACCGCAGGACGACCACGCCCCGUCGCCGUUAGAGCUAGAUUUUCCCGCGCCGCUACCCGAGCAGCUUGCCAAGGGAGAGUCCACCUUGCACAUUUCUGACACCCUCAGGGGCAGACUCAGAAGGGGCUACUUGGAAGACCCCCGACUGUCAAGGAUCAUGGAGGAAGUGGUGACAGCCGCUGACAAGAAUACCUCCAAGGUCAAGCUCCCCUAUUACCUCGACCAGCAAGGUCUGCUUUUGUUGCGGACCUUAGCGGUCUGGUCAAACGCAUUGAAAGAAAGAGUAGUCUAUAACUCGACCAGUGGUUCGCUGUUAACAGUUUCUAGUCUUGCUCAGGACACAUGUUGA